GACAAACAAAUUUGAUUCCCCCAUGAAUCCUCUGCCCAUUCACCGGUGAACAUGUUUGACUAGAAGAUCAGUCCCUUGGAGCAACCUGAACUGCUUUCCUCCCCUCGCUGCGUCGGCCGCUCCCCCCGAUCCCUGGUCCUCCUGUCCCCUUUCCUGUUUUCUCCCCCACCUCCCCCUGGUGACCACUCGGUCAUAUCUAGGUAAUGGGGAUGCUUCAAUGGGUGAAAAGGAUCGCCAGUGGCGGGGGAUUUGGCCAAGGCAGCAUCGGCCCUUCUCCCAUGACCGUCGAGAGCUUUUGCAGCUUGCUCCAUGGCCGUGAAAUAGGCCAUUGCCCGCGGUGGCAGUGACGUAUGAAGUGCCAUGUCCGUUAACUAAGGUACCUUAGGUACGUCUCGUUCAGUCACUCGAGCCUAAAGUUACACUCAUCCUCACUCUACCCGAACCGCUACUCUGUACUGUGUCUUGCUGCGUGAUUCUUCAGAACGAACACGAUCAUGAACGACCCGGCAUCCAAGAAGGAUAGCCGCUCUGGUUCAGGCGCUUUGUCCGAACCUGACCGUAACAACCUUACCAUGGCCGCUUCGUCGUCUGAGAAGGUCGAUCGCGAGUUUGGUGGUGAUGGAGCCGUCACAAAGGCUCCUCACGGUCCCAUCUCCGACCCCGUGUACCGGGCCAAAGUUGAGAAGAAGAUGAAGCGCAAGCUCGACUUGCGUUGCUCAUUGUUCUUUGUCAUAUAUAUUAUGAACUACCUGGAUCGAAAUAAUAUCGCGGCGGCUCGUCUCCGUGGCCUGCAAGAGGAUCUCAACCUAAACGACCAGGAAUACGCGACCUGCCUGUCAAUUCUAUAUGUUGGAUACAUUCUGAUGCAGGUACCCUCCAAUAUGCUCAUCAACCGCAUCAGUCGGCCAUCGUGGUACAUCGCAGGCGCCAUGCUACUAUGGGGACUGGUCUCGACCCUCUCGGGCGUGGUUCAAGACUUUGGAGGAAUGGUAGCGACGCGCUUUUUUCUCGGCUUCAUCGAAGCGGCCUUCUUGCCCGGAGCGCUGCUUAUCCUGUCCAAGUGGUACACCCGCAAGGAGUUGACGUCCCGUAACGCCAUCCUGUUCUGCGGUAACCUCAUCUCCAAUGCCUUUUCGGCACUCAUUGCGGCUGGUGUCUUGUCCAAUAUGCAGGGCGUUCUUGGCCAUGCCGCUUGGCGCUGGCUAUUCUGGAUCGAGGGUGCCAUCACCAUGGCCAUUGCCAUCCUCGCCGCCUUUGUUCUACCAGAUUUGCCGUGGAACGCAAGGGGCUUUACCAAAGAGGAGCUUGAAGUUGCGCAACUACGCAUGACUGAGGACGUAGGCGAGGUUGACCAGGACUCGGCGGAACAGGGCACCUUUGACGGAUUCUGGAUGGCCGUCAAAGACUAUAAGAUCUAUCUUAUGAUGCUGACGUUCACUACUUAUGUUAUCGGCCUGUCCUUCAAUGCGUACUUCCCUACCUUGACCGGCACACUCGGCUUCGACUAUGUUCCAACUCUGCUGAUGAGUUCGCCUCCAUGGCUUUUCUCGUGUAUUGUCUCUCUGAUCAACGCAUGGCACGCGGAUCGCAAGAAAGAAAGGUUUUUCCACAUCACCUGGCCCAUCUGCAUGGGACUUGUGGGCUUCAUCAUAUCAAUGUCCACUCUGAAUCUCGCUGCCCGUUACGUCGCCCUUUUCCUCCAGGCCGGCUCGUAUGCGGGCUUCAUCGUCUUCUACUCGUGGAUCUCCUCCUCGUUUCCUCGUCCGCCCGCUAAGCGCGCCGUGGCCAUCGCGCUCGUCAACGCCUUCUCCCAGCUUGGUAACGUCGCCGGGAUGUACGUCUGGGACCUCGAAGAGAACGGCUUCCGCGGAAGCUACGGUAUUGUCACCGCCAUGUUUGGCGUGACGAGUGUGGGCUGUUGGCUAUUCCGCAUGGUCCUUAAGGGGCUGAACAAGAAGAUUGAGCGCGGCGAGGAUGCCUGGGAGAGGCAUGGGGAUGUUGCGGCACGCUCGGCUGAUUUGGCCCACCUGGAUGGUUUGAGGAACGUCACCACAGCUUUUAGGUACCUGGUAUAAAGGAGGCUCGGAUCAUCUCGGGAAUAUAUUGUACCCGUGAUUAUAUCGGACGGGGAAACCAGGAGCGUGGCGGGACAAGAGAGGCAGGGAGAGACGUAUUCUUCACUCAGAGGCCUGUUCGAAAGAAGACGUUCCGAUAAUGAUGUUGGGUUAGAUGUAGAAAUAAAGAUAUUGCUUUGGUUGGAAAGCAUGAGAAUUC